UCGAACCCGGCACCUUCGGAUUAUCAGCCGACACUGACGUCAUCGAAGGCUCUUCUGUAACUCCCUUGAGUAAACCUAAUCUAUACCUCCCCUGAGUAAAUACCACUGAAUAACAAUACGUUGCCAUGGUUACCUCAUCUGUUGUUGUCGUUGUCUGUGGAGUGUGGAUACCAUAACAUACAUUCUGAAAUCUGAACCCUUUUCUUUUCUUUUUAGGACAUUGUCUUACACGUACAGUUAUUUUUAACUAAAUAGGUAACGAAUCUAAUGAUUCUGUCAAGAGUCAAGCCAGCUGUUGGCGCUGGGUCUUCUGAUCAACAAGGCAGCUCCAAACAAACUCCCUCGUUAGAAGAUUUUCUUCAAAGGAGGGACUACAAUGGAGCAAUCACAAUAUUGGAGUUUGAUCAAAGCAGUGGAAGAGGUAAUGAAAUGACUAACUACUGGCUAGGCUACUGCGCCUUCCACUUGGGUGACCACCAACGUGCCCUAACAGUAUACCAGUCCCUGCCUCCAUCAGACGAUGUGGCUGUCAACUUGGCAUGUUGCUACUUCUUUCUGGGAAUGUACCCACAGAGUGAGAAGAUCCUAGAUUCUGCCCCUAGCAGUCGUUUGAAGACGAGGUUGUUGUUCCACUUGGCCCACAAGUUGGGAGAUGAGAAGAAGUUGAUGGAGCAUCACCAGCAUCUGCAGGAUGUCAUUGAGGAUCAGCUGAGCCUGGCCAGCAUCCACUACCUGCGAUCUCACUACCAGGAGGCCAUCGACAUCUACAAGCGGAUCCUACUGGACAACAGAGAGUACCUAGCCCUUAAUGUAUACGUCGCUCUCUGCUACUACAAGCUGGACUACUACGACGUAUCACAGGAGGUACUGGCAGUCUACCUACAGAAAUACCCAGACUCUGCUAUCGCCAUCAACCUCAAAGCCUGCAACCACUUCCGUCUCUACAAUGGCAAAGCUGCUGAGGCAGAGAUUAAAACUUUAAUGGAUCAAAGUUCUGCAUCGUUUAGUUUUGGGCAUGACUUGAUCCGCCACAACAUCGUAGUGUUCAGAGGAGGGGUGGCGGCUCUACAGGUGCUGCCUCCACUGGUGGACGUUAUCCCUGAGGCCAGACUCAAUCUGGUCAUCUACCACCUCAAGCAGGAGGAGUACAAAGAGGCCUUUAUGUUGGUGAAGGAUCUAGAGCCAUCAGUGCCUCAAGAGUACAUACUGAAGGGGGUGGUUAAUGUUGCGAUUGGCCAGGAAACUGGAUCUAGAGAACACAUCAAGGUAGCACAGCAGUUUUUUCACCUGGUGGGCAGCAGUGCCAGUGAGUGUGACACUAUCCCAGGACGUCAGUGCAUGGCCUCCUCAUUCUUCUUGCAACGUCAGUUUGACGAUGUCAUGUUGUACCUCAGCUCAAUCAAGAGCUACUACUGCAAUGACGAUGCAUUUAACUUCAACUAUGCCCAGGCAAAAGCAGCUCUUGGACACUUUAAAGAAGCUGAAGAUAUCUUUCUCAUGGUACAAAACGAGAAGCUACACAAUGACUAUGUGUACAUCAGUCACCUCGCCAGAUGUUAUAUAAUGUCUGGCAAGCCACAGUCAGCUUGGGAACUUUAUCUCAAAAUGGAAACUUCAGCAGACUCCUUCAGUCUCCUACAGGUAAUAGCCAAUGACUGUUACCGCAUGGGCCAGUUCUGGCAUGCAGCCAAAGCAUUUGAUAUGCUGGAGCGUUUGGACCCAAGUCCAGAAUACUGGGAAGGCAAGAGAGGUGCUUGUGCCGGUGUCUUUCAGCUGAUUAUUUCAGGAAAACAGCCCAAGGAGCUCUUACCAGAUGUUAUACAACUUCUGAGGAACACAGCGAACCCACAAGUAGAAACUAUAAUUUGGACAAUGAAGAGAUGGGCUAAAGAUAAUAAAAUAAAUGUGUAA